AUGCUACUGGCGGUGGACAGCCAUGACACCCUCUUUACAACGUCAGAACCGGAGGCCUUGAGCUCGCUGUCCGUGGACCGCAGCGUGGCCAAGAGCCUGAACUGCAGCGUGCGGUUGGUCCGCCUUGAGGAGCUGACUGGGCAUCGGGGCGGCCGCAAGGGCCGGCCCGGUGUCUUGUGUGGCAAGGUUUUUCCCAAUAAUGACAAUAUGAUCGUCCACAUGAGGACAAAACCCGGCGAGAAGCCGUACGGGUGUGACCAAUGCACGAAGAGCUUCAUUGGGAAAGUACACUUGGAGAUCCACAUGAGGACUCACACCGUAGAGAAGCCCUACAAGUGUGACCAAUGCACAAAGCGCUUCAGUCAAAGUAACGACCUGAAGAGGCACAUGAGGACUCACACCGGCGAGAAACCCUACAAGUGCGAACAAUGCAUGAAGCUCUUCAGUCUGAAAUGUCACUUGAAGAGCCACAUGUGGACUCACACCGGGGAGAAGCCCUACAAGCCCUACAAGUGUGACCAUUGCGCAAUGCGCUUUAAACAAACAUACGCCCUUCAGAUCCACAUUAGGACUCACACCGGGGAGAAGCCCUACAAGUGUGACCAUUGCGCAAAGCGCUUCAGACAGAGAAGCCAGCUUACGGGCCACAUGAGGACUCACACCGGGGAGAAGCCCUACAAGUGUGACCAUUGCACAAAGGGCUUCGGACAUUCAAGCCAUCUUAAAAGCCACAUGAGGACUCACACCGGGGAGAAGCCCUACAAGUGUGACCAAUGCGCAAAGGGCUUCGGAUAUUCAAGCCACCUUAAGAGCCACAUGAGGACUCACACCAGGGAGAAGCCCUACAAGUGUGACCAAUGCGCAAUGCGCUUCGAACAGACAAGCACCCUUCAGAUCCAGAUCCACAUGAGGACUCACACCGGGGAGAAGCUCUACAAGUGUGACCAAUGUACGAAGCUCUUCAUUCGGAAAGACAAGCUGAAGAUCCACAUGACGACUCACACCGGGGAGAAGCCCUUCAACUGUGACCAAUGCGCAAAGCGCUUCAGACAGAGAGGCAGCCUAAAUGUCCACAUGAGGACUCACACCGGAGAGAAGCCCUACAGGUCUGAACAAAUGCACGAAGCUCUUCAGUCAGAAAAGGCACCUGGAGGACCACAUGUGUUAUGUAUUUUAAGCACAUAAGCUGCUCCCACAUAGCCACUAGGAAGCAGGAUCGAACACAAAAGCUGCAUUACCCCCACACAGCCACAAGGGAGCAGGAUCGAACACAAAAGCUGUAAUAUCUACCCCAGCCACAGAAGGCAGCAUCUUUAAGACAGACAAGCUGCAGCUAAGAGCUAGACCACGCCCGCUUCACAUAAGCCACGACUAAUUGGUCCAUUUUCAGCGACCGGACCCAGCGGAGGUCAGAGAAUCAUAGGCGCCCCGCAGAGAGAGUCGGGCCUAAGCCCGGGGCUCGAAGUAGCUCACGGUAUUUCUCUCUGCUAGUGUUGGAUACAAUUCCCUCCCUUUUGUUUCAUAGUUACCAUACCGAAAUACUUAAACAAAUAAAGUGAGUUAAAAGCCACCCGUUUCAAACUACUUUCUACAAGAGCACGACAAUUGCCACAUGAGGACUCACUCCGGGGAGAAGCCCUACAUGGGUGACCAAUGCGCAAGGCGCUUCAGUCAUGGCUCCAAGCUGAAGAUCCACGUGAGGACUCACACCGGGGAGAAGCCCUGCGUGUGUCUACUACCGCCCAGGAGCUCGAACACCUGUGAUCAUGAAAUGCUUUGAAAGGCUGGUCUUUCACCACAUUAAAGAUGAACUGAACUGAAAUAAUAAACAUCGUCAACGUUUUAGUUAUGACCAUUAUAAAAAUAAAAAAAUGACACUUAAACAAUUAUUUAAAAAGUCAACAUAUAGCUUUUUUUUUUAACAACAAAAGAUAAUGCGUCUUUUAGAAUUAGAGCGCCGAUGACGUCACUUGCAUGGUACAACUAGGUCGUUGCUGCAGACACGCGAAUAUCAUAUUCACUCCACGGUUGAAAAUAGUGAUUUUAAUAUGGCUGGUUACGAGUUUGAGCCUAUGAGGGACAUGCCUGUACUGUCCGACUGCCACCCGGUGGAGGGGGAUCAAUUUCAGGCUCCAGCUCCACCUUCGGAUCAUGUGGGUGUGACUGGUGUGCGUGUGGGUGCUGCCGGAGCAUGGACACUGCCAUUGAAUCGGUCUGCUGCCGAGAGGUCCCGGUCAACCUUGACCAUCUAAUGGUGGGAUUAGGUUGCAUAACCAUGCACAGGGCAUUUCGGAUGCUGUGCGGCGAGAGGUUUUGGAAGUGGCCAUGCUCUCUCUACGGGACGUCCGAGCGGAGACACUGGAGCGCCCCAUAAAUAGCAACCAAGUUACAAGGCGAAAACAAUCUUUCCCCCUCCGUUUUCCUUUGAUGCGUUUCAGGAAUAUCUCCGUAAAGACGGACUCAUUGCGGAAACGCAACGAGCUGUACAAACGCUGUAGUACCUACAUAUUCAAGGCGCUUGUUCUCCACAAAAAUAAGAGGAGCGCAUCAAGCCUGCGCGCAUCCAGCCUGCGCGCUGUAUAAAAAGGUUCACGUCGAGGCGGAGAUAGUUGUUUAACCUUUUUAGAUUGAGUAGAAAUACUUUUUAAUGUACAGUUAGUGAUUAAAUAGAUGCGAGGCGGAUUCACGAGUGUCACGUAUACUUUAUGCGGAUGUUGGAGGUUUACUUUCUGGUGGAUGUUGAUGGAUAUUGCACAGAUAAAUCUUACUAUGAAACUACUUCUUCGAGUUUAACUCCCUCUGCAUCGGCAAUCGGGUAGUCGGCGAACAACAGGGUGUGUAGAAAGGGACAUUGGUGGAACUUCUGUUUACUUACCCGCCGUAGUUUAAUUAGCAGCUUGGAAACUUAGAUCUGUGAUAUCGUCGGAGCAAUAGUUUACACACUUUAUGGUCGGAGUUCUAGCUUGUGGAGAUUGACAUGACGGGCUGAUUUACAUCGGAGGGUUGGUCAGUUUUAUGGCUGCCAGCCAUGUAUUAUGGGCUGGUUUCCUAUUCAAAGGUAGCUUGUGGAAAUGUAUGAUUACCCCAGCUGCCUUGGCCCUAUAUAAUUCCUUAAUGAAGCCAGGGCCAGUGCAGUAUGAUCCUCCUGUAGGCCUGGUUGUUUUAUUUUCCGUAGCCAUUUCAGCGAGCCUCAGAGCCUGACUCAUUACCAGCUAUGGCUGCUAGAGCCACAGAGUAGGAGUAGGUUACCAUGCCAGUGACGUAGCUGAUUGUUGAAAUCCAACAUGGCGGCGCCCUGUAACACUUUCACCCCUUCACCGUACAAUUUAAUCCCUUUUAGCCAGUUCAGCCCUUUUUAUUUAUUGUACCAAUGAGAAGGCAGACAAUACAUCUGUUAUAUCAACUAAACUUCAGAUCUCAGCUCAGUUCAUCUUUAAAGCUCGCCUCCCACCCAGCUUUGACCCCCACCAGUUUGCCUAUCGAUCAAAUGGAUCAACGGAGGACGCCAUAGCCAUUGUUCUACAUUGUAUAAUGACAAAGUAUUCUAUUCAAUUCUAUAAACAGGGUUUAUAUCAUUUGUAUAUAAUUGUAUAUAUUAAACUUACGCUUGAUAUUUCGACACUGUCGUUACCUCUACCUUUGUUAUUAGAAAAAGCCUGCAAAGUUCACUUGUGAAAUAGACUGCAAUUAAACCCCACAUUAUACAUG